AUGGAUCCCAACGGCACAACCGACAGCAAGUACGUGACUCUGGUCUCGAGUGAUGGCUACGAGUUCGUCGUCUUGCGGGACGCCGCCAUGAUCAGCCCUGCCAUCAAAGGCAUGUUGGACACGCGCAACAACUUCCGUGAGGCUGCUCUGGGUCGCUGCGUGUUUGAAGAGAUCAGUGGCGUUGUGCUUGAGAAAGUCUGCGAGUAUUUCCAAUACUGGUACCGCUACCGCGAGCGGGAGGACGUUCCUGACAUGGACAUUCCUGUCGAGCUGUGCCUGGAACUGCUGGUCGCAGCCGACUUCCUGGGUCUGGACAAGAAAAAUACCGGCACUGUCUGA